AUGGACCCGCAGCCCGGCGCCAGGAGCUGCAGCCGCGGGGCUCCCGCCUGCGAGGUGGUCCCGAACGAGCCCCCCAUGAACCUCUACAUCAACACCACCACCGGCACCCGCUAUGAGCUCUCCGUGCCCGCCGAGGAGACGGUGGAGGGGCUGAAGAGGCGGCUGUCCCAGCGGCUCAAGGUGCCCAAGGAGCGGCUGGCUCUGCUGCACAAAGAGAGCCGGCUCAGCUCUGGAAAGCUGCAGGACCUGGGGGUCGUGGAAGGCAGCAAGCUGACGCUGGUGCCCACCGUGGAGGCCGGCUUGAUGUCCCAGGCGUCCAGGCCAGAACAGUCGGUGAUGCAAGCUCUGGAAAGCUUAACUGAAACUCAGGUCAACGACUUCUUGUCGGGACGGUCCCCGCUGACCCUGGCCCUGCGCGUGGGCGACCAUAUGAUGUUUGUGCAGCUCCAGCUGGCAGCUCAGCAGAGCAGCGGGCAGCUCCAGCACCGGCACGUCAUCGCCAGCCGGGGCGAGGCGGGGGCCGCUGCCAGCCCCCACUGCCGGACGCUGCACGGCAGCACCGGCUCCGGCUUCGCCCGCAUCCCCGUGGUGCCCACGUGCCAGCAGAGCCCGGCCCCCAGCCCCGCGCCCGCUGCGCCAGCCCCCCCCAUGUACUGUAACGCCCCCCACCCCGCUCCCGUCACCGCUGGGAUGUUCCGGUCGCACGGGGCCAGCACGCAGACGGUGAACAGCAGCGUGGUCUCCUCCUGCUCAGAGGUGGACUGUGGCACCCGCAGCAGCAGCUCCCCGGGCAGCAGUCCUGCCCCCACGGCCCGAUCCCGCAAACCCGGUGCGGUCAUCGAGAGCUUCGUCAACCACGCGCCUGGGGUCUUCUCAGGGACCUUCUCCGGCACUUUGCACCCCAACUGCCAGGACAGCAGCGGGCGGCCGCGGCGAGACAUCGGCACCAUCCUGCAGAUCCUGAACGACCUCCUCAGCGCCACGCGACACUACCAGGGCAUGCCCCAGUCCCUGACGCAGCUCCGCUGCCAGACGCAGUUCUCCUCCUCCUCCUCCUCGCCUCCCGCCUCCCCGGACCUCGCCACCAAAACUACCUCAGAGCCGCUGCCGGCGGCCGCGGCCUCCCCGCCCCUGCACCCCGUCGUCCAGUGCCAAAGCCAGAUCCGGAUGUGCAAGCCCAGCGGGGACCGCUUGCGGCAGACGGAGAACCGGGCGACGCGCUGCAAGGUGGAGCGGCUGCAGCUGCUGAUGCAGCAGAAGCGGCUGCGCCGGAAGGCUCGCCGGGACGCCCGGGCCCCCUACCACUGGCUGCCGAACCGCAAGUCCAGCCGGACCAACAGCAACAGCAGCGUCUCCAGCGAGGGCAGCCUGGACCUGGACUUCGAGGACUCAGUGUGGAAGCCGGAGGUCAAGGCGGACAUGAAAUCGGAGUUUGUCGUAGCAUAGAGCCGUGCCCGGGGGGGGCCCCGGGGCCGCGGACUCUGCCGGGGGGGGGCCCCGCUCCCGCCGCCCCGGCUGGCGGUGGUGUCAUUUCUGUUGUCAUGGGCCAGAUCUCCUCUAGAUUUGCCAUCUUCUGCGACCGGAUGCCUCAGGGCUGACCCUGCCCGCGCUGGGGGAAGCGUUUCACGGGGGGUGGCCGGGGCAGCCUCACACCCCCCCGGCUCGGUGGGGUCUGGGGAGAUG